UUAGAUUCUAUGUUAGGAAACUUACAAGCAGACAUGUCCAGACAAGGUGUUAAUACUGCUCAAAAAGGAAGCUGUGGUGCUUGUGACAAAGCCAUUGUUGGGCAAGUCAUAACUGCCCUUGAAACAUGGCAUCCUGAACAUUUCGUUUGCAACCAUUGCAACCAAGAAUUGGGAACAAGAAACUUCUUCGAAAGAGAUGCACCAUACUGCGAACCUGAUUACCAUAAUUUGUUCAGCCCAAGAUGCGCGUAUUGUCAUGGAGCUAUUUUGGAUAAAUGCGUAACAGCCUUAGAAAAAACUUGGCACACAGAGCACUUCUUCUGCGCCCAAUGUGGUCAACAAUUUGGUGAAGAAGGUUUCCACGAAAAAGAUGGUAAACCUUAUUGUCGCAAUGACUAUUUCGAUAUGUUUGCUCCCAAAUGUGGAGGAUGCAACCGUCCAAUCAUGGAAAAUUAUAUAUCUGCAUUGAACAGCCAGUGGCAUCCCGACUGCUUUGUCUGCAGGGAUUGCAAGAAGCCAGUAUCCGGUAAAUCUUUUUAUGCCAUGGAAGGUAAACCAGUAUGCCCAAAAUGCGUGGGCGUUGAGGAAGAAGACGAAUAAAUAAAUAAGACUUAUGAUUAUGCCCCUUUUACC